AUGGCGAAUAGUGAGCCAGGUUUGGCGGAUUUCACAAAGCACCUUAGGAAAUGGUUCGAAACACGACAACUGAGCUCGGAAACAGACUACAGUGAGAAACUAUGGAUAGAUAUACACACUCUGUUCCAAGUGUUAGCCAAAGGUAUAGACAGUACGAAUCCUUUCAGCGAAGCAGUGUGCGAACCCGACAACCCAGCGUGGACGUUACGCAGCCAUGCGGCGGAAUUCAAGGUCUGCCAGCGCAUUGUCAACAUAUUUCUAUUUAUGGAUGGACUACAUUAUGUAAACAACGGGGACUGGCAACAGAGAUAUAUAUUUAACAAUGAGCAGAGGCUCGAAGAAUAUCUUAGAUGUAUGCUAGGGCAUGUCGCUCUAUUACAGCUGUAUGGGGACAACUGUGACCACAUAGAACUUGUACGCACGGUAUCCAACAGUAUGGACCCGUUCAGGGAAGCAUUUCGCCAUGCGGAUAUUAGUAAAACGUGUGCAAAUAUGAAUUAUCGUAAUAUCCAGAUUGGUACUAAACUUAUAGGGUUGACCAUGGCACGAUGGAUGGAACAACUCAAGGGAACGCGGCAUGUAGGAAGUAUAACAAGUGACAAACCAGUACAAAUAUGUAACCAGGGCCAGGGCACGAACACAAAAGAGGCUACUGCAGACGGAGUUCGGCAGAACGGCCAUAUGCCAAUUGUAGAAAUGAUGGAGGAUGGUACUACGGACGUAGUAAAGAAAUUAAUUAAGAAAGGAAAGGAUAUGACGGAUGAAGUGAAGAAGAGAUUAAUUGAAACAGUGAAAGAUAGCACAAAUCCAGAGAAAACGAUGGAGGACAUAUUAGACACCGUGAGCAAAUGCACUGCUCCGGGCAACGCAUGCGUACAAAGCGCAUUAGAGAGCGUCCACACAUCCGUCACACCAGUCCCGCCCAACCCAGCAGAUCAUGACCCAUCUGCAAUAUCAGCAUCGGCAG